AUGGAGUUCAAUCAAAGAAGCAAAUACAACCAUGCUGCAUCGGACCACCAAAAGCACUACAUUCACACGUCACAAAAUAUUCCGUUGCGAUCUUUGCGUCCUAGACAAACCCCGGAAUUUAAAGGCCCCGUCCCAUUAAUGAACGCGUAUUAUAUGCACAUUAAUAUGAACCACAAAGACUACAGAAGAACAAAUAGUUAUCGACCUUAUCUUACACCUAAUGACGUAAGACAACCGUACUACAAUAAUAAUCAUAUUUAUCCUAAUUGGUCACAAUAUAGGAAUGUGCGAUUCUCUUCACGUAUACCGUGUAUAAAUAAUCUAAUACCUAUAUUUCCUUCGCCUCCGCCGCCUCCUCCACCAAAACCAGAAGAUAGCAAGGGUCAGGCAAACAGACGCCAAAUAAAACCAAAUGAUCCUUAUGUAAAAAAUGAGCAACGUGCAGAAGUAUGUAACAAUUUAAAGAUUAUAAAAACACAAGACAUUGUUGAAACUGGCAAAAUACCAAGUAAUUAUAAACACCAAAGUUCUAAUGAGACACCACGCUUUUCUGAUACAACUAGAAAUGAUCAAGGCAUAAAACAGGGUCAACUUGCGUUAGGUGUAAGUGAUAAAUGCGGAUCAGCUACAAAUAGUCCACCACUACUUGGCAAGGGAUUAAAUGAAGCCUGUAACGCCCAAAGUGUAAUAAAUAAACAACAAUCAAACGUGAAUGUAGGCAAAAUAAAAAUAAUUGGAAAUGAUAACCAGGAGGUGGGACCAAUAGUGUUUAAGAAAACAUUAGCGCAACGAUCUCACAAUAAAGCAGUACAAAAUGGAUGUGAAGCAGUCAAAAAAAAAAUCAAUAACAUUUCACAAACAAAGACUUCAAAUGAAAUCAAUAUAGGACAUUGCCAUUUGGAUAAUAACAAUAAAGAAGAAAAUAUGACAAAUUUAGGUUCCAACUCAACAAGAACAACCGAAUCUAGUCAAAAUCUUACUAAUCCUCAAGUGGCCAUAGAUAAGACUAAAAUUGUAACAAUUGUUAAUAAUGCUCACAGCUCCUUAAAUAGCAAAAAUAUAAAUCACAGCAGUAUGUAUAAAAAAGACCCUGAAAAAAUAAAGAUAUAUCAUGCAAACUAUCCCCAGAGCAGUGAUCAUAAUAGAACACAUAAAUUUAACGAAAAAAUAAGUUAUAAUACGUGUCUGAUGGCAACCGGGGUUGAAAAGAUUUUAGAAGAUGGAAACAACAAUCUCUCAAAUCAAGAAAAUCAAAGAAAAAAGAAUGAAACACAUGAUACUUUGAAGACCUUUAAGAAUAGUGAUAUAAAUCGUAUCUCAAAAAACAAAAGACAGUCACUAAACACGGGCUAUUCCCCGCCCAUUCUCCCGAUACCAACAUUCGAAGCAAUAUUUGAAAUGAUGAAAAACUCACUUCUCUCGAACAUGACUGUGGAAAAUGAUGUUACAACUAUUUAUAAAAAAAGAAAAAAUAGCGAUAUUAUUGAUAAUGUGUCAAAGAAAAUAAAUUUAAGUCACAAAAAGUAA